AUGGAGGCGGCUGCUGCAGGCGUGGGUGUGGACGUGGUAGCGGACGCGGCCGUGGAGGCGGCGCUGCGCGAGGCGCUCGCGGCGCUGGGCGAGGACGCGGGGGCGGCGGCGUCGCUGCGGGGGCGGCUGCAGGCGGCGCACCGCAGCACCGGCUCCACCGGUGCGCGCCUCAGCACGCCCCGCGGCCGCCGCCUCUACGUGAAGGUGCCCGCCCCCGAGGGGCAGCGCGUGUCCGCCUUCAGCUCGGCGGAGCUCUUCCACAACGAGGCGCAGGUCUACCGCCUCGCGCUGCCCGCCUUCGCCAGGCUCGGCGUCUUCACUGCCGCUCCCAGGUGCCUGGCGGCCGACGACGCGGUCAUCGUGCUGGAGGAUUUGUCUGCGCGCGGCUUCGCUGUGCCCUGCCGCUACCGCGGCCUGGGAUUGGACCAGCUGCGACUCCUCGUCCACCAGUUGGGCCGCUUUCAGGCAGCUUCACUCGCUGUUCGCACCCUGGAUCCAGCAACAUAUUCUCUUAUGCAGCAGAACAUACGGGAAGUAAUUUACACUGACAAAUUUCUUCAGCUGUAUGCUCCUGUGUUAGAAUUUGCUGCUAGAGACGCUGUGCAGAUGGUGAGAAAAGCAUAUCAGAACAACGGCGUAUACCUCCAGAAACUGUUAGAAUUCGCGCCGUCAGUGGUGGAACGCAUGAAAUCUUUUAUCACCCAAAGCACCGGCGACUUCGUGGUGCUCACCCAUGGAGACAUUUGGGCGAGCAACCUGCUGUUCAGAUAUUCGUGCAGUAGUAACGGCGUGCAGGUCCCGGAAGAAGUCUGCAUCGUUGAUUACCAGACGUGCAGGUGGGCGCCGAUGGGCCUGGACGUGGCGUACGCGCUGCUGACGACGCCGUCGCGGCAGCUGUCGGCCGGCGAGUGGUCGGAGCUGGUGGGCGAGUGGGAGCGCGGCCUGCAGGCCGGACUGGCGCCGCUGGGGCUGUCGGCGCUGGCGCCCGCGCGGCCCGCGCUCCACGCGCUGCUCGCCGCCGCCGCGCCCUACGUGCUGGGCGCCGGCCUGCUCAACGUCGUGCUCACCCUGGACGAGGGCGGCGGGGGUGGCGGGGGCGGUCACAUCCAAAUACUGUGA